AUGAGGACUUCUGUAUUCUCCUUUAUCGGAGUUCGUAAACAUUUUUGGAAGGAAGUGUUCUAUAACAUAUAACUGUACCAAGACUCCAUAGAGAUGACUGAAAUUGUAGGCAUCAUUUUAUAUUAAGAAAUCUAAAUCACCAAAAUACAUUCUGCCAUUGAAGUUAUCCACUGUUAUAGAGAUACUGGGCAAGGUAAGUAAAAAUAAUAGGAAUUUCAGUGGAUUCCAGUUUAAUUACAAAGACUCAACUAAAUUAAUGAAUUGUCGAUCAUCUGAUAUUGCUACGUAAGUGUACAUUUUAUACUUAGUUUUAUGGACAAAGUAAGCAAUUAAAUAACUUUUCUAAAUAUCACUAUGUUUUAUUAGGCAAUAGAAAUUAUAGGAAGAGGCAGCUCUUCAAGUGUUUCUGUUUUGAUCGAUACUUUUUCAUAGGAAAAAUUUGCUGUCAAAAGUAUCAAUAAGGAUUACCUUUUAAAGAACGACAAAUUGAAGGUAAGAAUCAAUUAUAUUGUAGAUAUUAUUUGAAAAUGAGGUGAAGAUCUUAUAAGAAUUGACCAAUUACAAUCAACAAAAUUAUUUUGUGCAUUUGUACAGAGUAUUUGAAAGCUAAUCAUCUUACUACUUGAUAUUGAAUCUCAUGAAAGGCAAGUCAUUAAUGGCCUUCUACAAUAAAAUCAAAGUAAGUAAUAAAGUCAAAUUAUCUGAAAUUAGAAAUAAUCAGACUUUAAAUACUUUCCUCCAGACAUUAUCAGACAAAUCAUGAAGAGACUCCUCUCAGGUGUUUCCCUUUUGCAUUAUCAUCAAGUAACCACUUCAUAUAACUCAGAUAAUACACAGGGAUCUAAAGCCUGAAAAUCUCUUGCUUUUGGAACCAAAUAAGGUUGAAACCCUUACAAUUGCAGACUUUGGAUUAGCAACCUACAGUAAUGUUGAAAAGUGAUUAAUUCUUUAUUGUUCUAUAGGUACUCCUAUCCCAUAUGUGGAACUCAAGGCUAUAUGGCACCAGAAAUCACUAAUUACAAGGAUGGAUAAAUCAAAUAUAAUGAAUAAAUUGACAUCUAUAGCAUUGGUGUCAUAUUCAAUUGGCUGUAAUUCUAUAAUAAUCUUAGACUUAUUGGGGACAUCGAUAACAAUAACCCUAAAUUAAAGAAGUUGGAUUCCAUAACAUUGAAUUUACUGAAUAAUCUCUUAAGAAGAAAUCCCAAAGAAAGAUUGUCUGCUUAAGCAGCACUUCUUCAUCCAUAUUUUCAGAGCGAUGAAACUACUAAGAGGACAUUUCAAUCGGAGUUCGGAUUUGUAACUCCAUAUUUUAUUCUAGGAAAAUGUUGAUUGCGAGACUAUUGUACAACAUGAAGACUUGAAAACCUAUUAAUUGCCACUCAUGAAGAAACCUCAAGGUUAAACAUGAUUAUUCUUUCUCA